UCCAAUCACUCCGGACGCUGAGACAGGAGAGGCCCCAAAGAAGGACCCAGCCAGAGCCUAUUCCCUGAGCUCAGCCGGUCCUUGAAUCCCGCUCCUGCCCCUCAGACCCAGCGCACCGGGUGCCUCCCCUGAGAGCAGCCAGGAGGGACUGUGGGACCGGAACGUGCGGGGGCGCAGGAGCUGGGCACCGCCCGUCCUUCGGAGGGAGGGUGGAGAGAGAGUGCAGUGGUGCCAAUUGCUCUGGCUGCGUCAGGGGUUCCAGAUAGCCAGAACCGCAAAAGCAGGCGGGGGUGUCCCAGAGUCAGCUCUGCCUGCACCCCAGGGCACUGGGGCCGGGCGUGGGGCGGGGGGUGGUAUAAGAGGACCGCCCAGCAGACGGCUGGGGAUCUUGGAGCCCAGCUGUGUGCCAGCCCAAGUCCGAACUUGGAUCACAUCAGAUCCUCUCGAGGUGAGAAGAGGCUUCAUCAAGGGCGUACCUGUAGGGGAGGGGGCGAUGCUGGCUCCGAGCCUGACUCUGCUCCCGAGAGGCAGGCACUCCCGGUCCUGAGCAGUGAGGGCCUGGAAGUCUGCAAUUUGGGGCCUUUUAGGGAAAAAGGAACUAGGGACUCAGAAGUUUGGGUUCCAUAGGGAGGGGCAAGAUCGGAGCCUAGAUUCCUGGCUCUCUAGGGAUCUGAAGAACAGGACUUUGGGUCUGAGGGAGGAGGGGCUGGGGACCUGGACUCCUGGGUCUGAGGGAAGAGAGGCUGAGAGUCUGGACUCCUGGUUCUGAGAGGAGGGACUGGGACCUGGACCCCUGGGUCUGAGGGAGGAGGGUGCAAGAGUCUGGACUCCUGGGUAUGAGGGAGGAGGAGAUUAGGGGUCCGGACUUCUGAGUGUGAGGAAGGAGAGACCAGAGAAAUUUCUGGGUCUGAGGGAGGAGGGGCUAGGCCCUGGACCCCUGGGUCUGAGGGAGGAGGGGCUGGGCCUGAAUUGCCUUCUCCUUCUCAGCUCCAGCAGGAGAGGCCCUUCCUCGCCUUACAGGCCCUGAGCGGCUCAGCAGGGCACCAUGGCAGGAUCCCUUCUCCUGCCCCUGCAGAUCCUACUGCUAUCGUUAGCCCUGGGAACUGCCGGACAAGAAGCCCAGGGUGACAAGAUUAUUGAUGGUGCCCCAUGUACAAGAGGCUCCCACCCAUGGCAGGUGGCCCUGCUCAGUGGCAAUCAGCUGCACUGCGGAGGCGUCCUGGUCAAUGAGCGCUGGGUGCUGACUGCCGCCCACUGCAAGAUGAAUGACUACACCGUGCACCUGGGCAGUGAUACGCUGGGUGACAGGAAAGCUCAGAGGAUCAAGGCUUCGAGAUCAUUCCGCCACCCUGGCUACUCCACACAGACACAUGUUAAUGACCUCAUGCUCGUGAAGCUCAAUAGCCGGGCCAGGCUGUCAUCCACGGUGAAGACAGUCAGGCUGCCCUCCCGCUGCGACCCCCCUGGAACCACGUGUACUGUCUCUGGCUGGGGCACUACCACGAGCCCAGAUGUGACCUUUCCCUCUGACCUCAUGUGCGUGGAUGUCAAGCUCAUCUCCUCCCAGGACUGCACGAAGGUUUAUAAGGACAUGCUGGGAAAUUCUAUGCUGUGCGCUGGCAUCCCCAACUCCAAGAAAAACGCCUGCAAUGGUGACUCGGGGGGACCAUUGGUGUGCAGAGGUACCCUGCAAGGUCUGGUGUCCUGGGGCACUUUCCCUUGCGGCCAACCCAACGACCCAGGAGUCUACACUCAAGUCUGCAAGUUCACCAAGUGGAUAAAUGACACCAUGAAAAAGCAUCGCUAACACCCCACCAAGAGUUAAAUAUAACUGUGUACUUCGAACAGAAAAUGCACAGGAGUAAGGACGCUGAUGACCCGUAAAGUCAUAUUUGACUUUACCUUUCCUCAGAGAUAUAUGUAAACCUCAUGCCCUGUUUGUAAACCAAUCAAAUUGGUAAAGACCUAAAACCAAAACAAGUAAGGAAACACAAAACCCAGGGUGCUGGAGAAGACUCAGUGAGACCGUCACUCUCAAACACUGGAAGUGGACGUUCUACAAUCUUGAUGGAAGACAGUUGGUCAACAUACACCGAGACCCUUAUUCACCACCUUUGAUCCAGUAACGCUAGUCUUAGGAAGAACCUACUAAAAAAAAAAAAAAAAAUCCAAAAUGUAGAACAAGACUUGAAUUUAUCAUAAUAAUAUUUAUCACAGAAAUAAAGUGAAAACAUCAAAUAUGUUCCAAAAGUACUGGAUGGCUUAAAUAAUAGUCUGACUUGGCACAAUGAUUUUUUUUUUUUGUUUGAGACAGAGUCUCACUCUGUUGCCCAGGCUGCAGUGCAGUGAUGCAAUCUUGGCUCAUUGCAACCUUUGCCUCCUGGAUUCAAGUGAUUCUCAUGCCUCAGCCUCCCAAGUACCUGGGACUACAGGUGUGCACCACCACACCAGGCUAAUUUUUUGUGCAUUUUUACUAGAGACAGGGUUUCACCAUGUUGGCCAGCGUGGUCUCGAACACCUGACCUCAGAUGACCCACCUUGACCUCCCAAAGUGCUGGGAUUACAGGCAUGAGCCACAGUGCCUAGCCCACGAUGAUAUUAUAAACCUAUUAAAAAUGAUUCUUAGACAGAAUUGUUAGUAUUAUCCAAGAAUGUUUAGGCUAUAUGAUGCUAAAUGACAAAAGGAAGAGACAAAAAUAUAUAUGUAUAUGAACUUAACCAUAAAAAAUAAAAUAUUCACAGAAUCAAAUCUGAAAACACAUGUCCCAGACUGCAUACUGGGGUCGUCAUGAGGUCUCUCCUUCCUUCUGUGUACUUUUCGUUGAAUGUGCGCUUUUAUAACAUGAAAAAUAAAGGCAGGAAAAAAGUC